UCACUUGGCUACCGAAUGAUGGGAAAUUUAACACAUGAACGGAAAUCCAGCCCUAGAAUUUUACUGGCCGUUUCCGUGUUGCAUUCAGAUAGUCAUAAGUGAGGUUUACAGCAAAUAAAGGUAGCCAUUGGGCUCCUGGUACAUCUUUCUAGUGGCGAAGACCCGUCUCCUUUUCGUUGGUACGGAAGCCGAGAGGACUGGUUGGUUACGCGGCGGCGGUGGGUCUCCACCCGAGAGUAUGGCGGCCAGGAUUGUAUUGGUGAGCGUAUAAGGACGGGAAGCGAUGGUGAAAAUAAUCAAAGAAGAACGCUUGUAUUCUUAACUUUUAAAAUAGUAUUUAUUUAUCAACAUUUGUUGAGUUAAUACGCGCCAGUCUUCCAGAAUCCGUCAUCGGGAACCGUCCUGUUUUUUCUCCAAUGUCUUUGCUGGAGCAAGUUUUGUUUUUAUGAUGCAUAGAAUGGUAAGCGAAGCGUUUUGAUAGCUUUUAAUGCACAUUUUGAAGUUGUAAUCGUUUGGAUGCAAAUAGUCAUGUCUGGUAUGCCUGGGGGAAUUUCUACAAUGAAAUCCAUUUUCGGUCAGCAAGGCUUUGUGCUCUGCUUUUGUAUUUGCCAUUGCUGAACGGUGGUAAGGAAGGCAAUAUUUUUUAUAUCCGUUCAAAAUGGAACAGGAAUAAAUGCCAUUUGGGCGGGGAUAUUCUACUCUAUGUCUCGCGGAGAGUGAUAGCUUUCGACAAUCUCUUGAAAUCAUCAACUAACAAGGGAGCAAUGCGCGAGUACAAAGUGGUGGUCCUUGGCAGCGGUGGGGUCGGGAAAUCCGCCCUCACUGUUCAGUUUGUCACCGGGACUUUUAUUGAGAAAUACGACCCGACCAUUGAGGAUUUUUACCGCAAAGAAAUCGAAGUGGAUUCCUCACCCUCUGUUCUGGAGAUUCUUGACACUGCUGGUACUGAACAGUUCGCAUCCAUGCGGGACCUUUACAUCAAAAAUGGCCAAGGCUUCAUACUGGUCUACAGUCUUGUCAACCAGCAGAGCUUCCAAGACAUCAAACCCAUGAGGGACCAGAUCAUCAGAGUGAAAAGGUACGAGAAGGUCCCAGUGAUCCUGGUGGGGAACAAGGUGGACCUGGAGAGUGAGAGGGAGGUGUCGGCCAGCGAGGGCCAGGCUCUGGCCGAGGAGUGGGGCUGCCCCUUUAUGGAGACCUCGGCCAAGAGCAAAACCAUGGUGGACGAACUGUUUGCCGAGAUUGUUCGGCAGAUGGACUAUGCCGCCCAGCCAGACAAGAAUGACCCAUGCUGCUCCUCCUGCAAUAUACAAUAGCCCCAGGGCCUAGGGGGAAAUCAGGGGAGAAAGGACAUAGCUCUAGGGCGACGCCAGGGGAGAGGACGUAGCCCCAGGGCCUAGGGUGACGCCAGGGGAGAGAGGACGUAGCCCUAGGGCGACACCAGGGGAGAGAGGACGUACCCCCAGGGCCUAGGGCGACGCUAGUGGCCAGUGGAGAGAGAACAUAGCCCCAGGGCCUAGGGCAACGACCGGGGAGAGAGGGAGUCUUCAUACAGGAAGAUUCACAGAGAGGAGGACAAUACUUACACCAACAACAUCGACGAUUAACAAACUCAUGGUAGAAAUGUGGUGGAAUUGAACUCUUUGGUGCAUAAAAUCAGUCAUGAUGUAAUUAAUAAUAAUGAUAUGUUCAGAAUUAAUAGAAUUAAAUGAGGAAUUCAAAGGAUUUGUCUCAAGAGAAAUUGACAAACAAACAGGACUAAAGAAAAGUGCACUCGCUUUAUGUUAUCUCUGUCUUGAGUCGUCUGUCGGAAUUACUGAACAGGAUGUGUACUCUUUAUGCUGUUCUGCGAUCAUUAAUAUGUUUCUUUAACAUAGUUUUAAUUUUGUUGAUAUGACCCAGUUUUUCUCUCAGCACAUCGAGCCUCUUUCUCCGUUUUAACUGACAGAGCAGAAGAUAGCAACUGCAUCGACUAAAGAGGAGGUAAUCCCUCAGAUCCACUUGUUUGAAACAUUGAUGAGUAAUUGAUUUGUGUACUAGGUUUCUCUGCGCAGGAAAAGAGAAAGCCUACCUACCUUUAUCCAAUGAGAUGUUUUGUACUCAUCACUAGGCCAGAAUCAAAGAGCUGACUUGAAAGAGCCUCUUUUUAAUUUUCUCUUUUAUUUGUUUUGAGGAAGGGGGGAAAACUGGUGGAAAAGACAGUCUUGCUUCCUGUUUUCUCCUUUUGGAGGUGUUGUGUUAAGUGUAGAAGAGGUGUCUGUCACAUAAUCCUGUCAUUUGUUUUGGUUUCAGAAAGUUCUGAAUAUUGUAACCGUUUCAUUCAGAUGGGACUAGGAGGACUCCAUCUUUCAGUAUUUGAAUAUCUCUACAGACUCUACAAACAGUUUACUUUUCAGGAAUGGGUGCCAUCCCUCAUCAUCCUCUCCAUUGAAUUUGAUUUUAAUUGGGUAUCACAAUGAAAUGGGGUGCAACGUUUUCUCAUCAUCCCACUCCUAUUUAAGUAUUCAGAGUAUUCAAAUGUAUAGUAGUAACAGUAAUGAUGAUGAUGAUGAUGAUAAUUGUUAUUUAACAGUAGUGUAAAUAUUUUGUCUGGAAAGUGCCAGCUCCUAUGAAGACACUGACUGAACUGUUGUCAACUGUAUCAGUGGAGGCUGCUGAGGGGAGAGCAGCAUUCUAAUAAUGGCUGGAACGGAGCAAAUGGAAUGCAUCAAACACCGGAAAACUGUUUGAUAUCAUUCCACUGAUUCCGUUCCAGCUAUUACCACGAGCCCAUCCUCCCCAAUUAACGUGCCACCAACCUCCUGUGAACUGUAUGCAUGGCUAGUAAACAAAAGAAGAUGACUUUAUUGUUUGAGAUUAUUAUAGGCUGUGUAAACGUACAAACCAAACACAUACACCUGGGUACGGACACUGUCUCAACUAUACAUUGUUGUAGGCCACGGGGAGCCAGACCUUCCCUGGGUUACCAGACCUUCCCUGGGUUACCAGACCUUCCCUGGGUUACCAGACCUUCCCUGGGUUACCAGACCUUCCCUGGGUUACCAGACCUUCCCUGGGUUACCAGACCUUCCCUGGGUUACCAUUUUCAUUGUUCAUUUUAUAAUUUUUUUAUGUCACCAUUUACUCUUUCUCCCUCCCUAAAUGAAUGGAUGAAUGACACUUUAAUUUAGCACCUAAACAAUAAAAGUGUGUUUAGCACAAUGCAUUGCAGCGUGAAUGACACUAUUUCUAUGUUUACUUAUUGGAGUGAAAGGCACUCUACGCCAUCACCGGGUUCUCUCUAAAGUGUUCUGGGAGAGAGAAAUCUAUUUGGAAGGAAAUGGUUUCUGUUCCUUUGCCACCUCCAGUUCUAAAUAGCACAGUCACUUUGUGAAUUACAAGAACCCAACGUUGAUUGCUACAGCAAGUGCACAAUGCUUGAUGAAUUAAACUUUACUUUCUUCUUUGUUUA